AUGCGCCGGCAAAACUCGCUCCAAGAGGCCACUGACACCCUCGUGGAUGAGCUGCUUCGCACUGCGGUGGCAGCCACCGCCGAGGCGCCGAAUCGUGCCGUGAAGAGACGUGUCCGCCAGCGCUUGCACAAAAAGUUGGGAGCCGUGCUCAACAAGCAGGAGUUCGAAGUGGCUAUGGAGCGAUUUCACGUUGCUGCUGAGGCACAGCGCGUGCGACAGGACGAGGCUGCACGCACGCAGCGCAGAGGCACAGGCCCUGUCAACCGAGCUCCCAUCGGUGCUGCUCCAACCAGGCCCGCGCAAGCCUCGCCCUCGCAAGUUGUUGCCGUGCCAGUGUGGAUGGUGCAACCACUCGGUGCUCAGAUGGCUCCAGCUCCAGGACCAAGGCUGGGCCAAGUUGGCCAAGUACAAAUGCCGCAGGUGCAGCAAAUGCCGCGCUGGAAUUGUGGAAUGACGGUGUGUGCCGUCCAGGACGUGCGACAGUUCCAGGAGCAAGUUCAGGUGCCGGAGGCUACAGUUCCGAUUGGCCAGAAGCCACAGGCACCGAUGGCCCAAAUGCCGUAUGUGAACAAUGCCUAUUUCGCGCCACAGGAUGACUUCGAUCUUGGCCCCAACCAGGGCUUCAGAUUCCAACGUACCGUAUCUGAGGGAGCAGGCUGCGACAGCAUGCAGAGCACAGGACCAGCCGCCAACCUCCCCGUGCAGCGAACCUUCAUUCAGUUCAGCAACCAGGAUGGCAGCCAGCGGCGCUCCAGGUCUCAGUGA